AUGAAAAAAUCAGAAAUAGAAUCAUUGUUUGUUAAGUUAUGCCAUGUUGAAAAGGAAAGUAGGGAUAGAGGAAUAAAUUUACUUUAUGAUUACAUAAGUAAAAAUAAAAAAGUUCUUAAUAAGCGUAAAAUAACAUAUAUUUGCAAAGGAUUAUUUUAUUACUAUUGGUUAUGUUAUUCUAUUACUGAACAAAAAAAAGCGGCUUUGAAAAUAUGUAGAUUAAUACAUAUAAUUGAUAAUAAAAAAAAUGUUUUUGUAUUUUUGCAAUGCUUUUUAAAUGUUAUGUCAACAAAAUAUAAUAAUUUAGAUAUACAUCGUUUAAAUAAAUUUUUAUUUUUAUUCCGAGUUUUUCAAGCUGAAUUUUUAAUGUUUUUGCAUAAUAACUCAUGGAAUAGUAGUUAUAUUAAAAAAUAUAAUAAAAUAAUUUUAAAUAGUUUUGAUGAUACAAAUGAGCUUUUUUAUAAUUAUAUAGACACUUUUUUUGAAGAAUUUUUAGGUAAUGAACAUUUUUUAGAAACAAAAAAGGAAAAAAUAAAUUAUGAUACAAAACAAUUUUUAUUAUUGGUAGACCCUUUCUUUAAAAUUGUAUGUGCAACAGAAAAGAAAUAUAUAAUUGACUUAAUAAGAAAUAAGAUUUUUAAUAAAAUAGUAAAAAUGGAUAUAAAGAAAAGUCUUUUAAAAAAGAAAAUUAAUAAAUAUUUACUGAAAUGUAAACAUAAAUAUGGGGUGAAAAUUUUAAAAAAUAUGUACAAUUUAUCCAUUUUUGCCAAAAAAAAAAAUAAAAUAAAAAAUGAGAUAAAAAAUAAAGUUCCUAUUUUUAUUGAAAACUGUGCCAAACAGGCAGAAAAAAAAGAGUUAGCUAAUGAAGAAAAAACUGACAGUGAAUUACCAUAUAAAAAAAGUGGAAAAAUUAGAAAUGACUGUCUUCUAUAUAAUAAAAAGAUGUUACAUAAAAAAAAAAAUAAAAAAAAAUUGAAAGUAUUAAAAGAUAUAAACAUAAAAAAUGAAGUUAUUUGUGAAGAUCAAGAUAAAAAAAAUAUUUUAAAGAGAAAAAGUGGGAUAUGUUCUGAAAAAAGAAAAAAAAAAAAGACGAACAUGAAAAACAUAAAAGUUGGUGAAAAAUUGACUUCUGACAUAAGUUUGAUAAAAAAAUGCAAAAAGAAUUUAAAAAAAAAAAAAAAAAUGAAUACUAUAGCAAAUAUAUGUAAAAAAAAAAAAAAUGAAAUAGAUAAUAAUAAUAUAAAUAAUUUAGAUAAAAACAAUAAAAAAUGUUUUUCAUAUAGUAUUAAUGAGAAUAAAAAAAAGUCAAAAUUAAAAAUUUAUGCUUUUAAUGAACCAGCAUUGAAUGGAAAAAAAAAAGUUUUACAAGAAAAUAAUUUAAUAAAAGAAGAAAUAAUGAAAAUAAAUGAGAAAAAAUGUAAUUUACAAGUUAAGAAAAUACCAUUAAGUAAAAAUAAAACAAAAAUACAAAACAAAAGUUCAGACCAUGCAAUAAAUGGUACAAGUAACACCUAUGUAAAACCAAAAAAAAGUAAAAUAAUGAAAUUGAAGGAAAUAAAAUUAAAAAAAGAUAAUGAUAAAGAAAAAAAAAAAAGUAAUAUGGAGAAUAAAAUUGAUAAAAAUUUGCAAAAUGAGAUGUCAGAAAAAGGUAACAAUAGUUUAGUUAAAAAAACAAUUUUAAAAAAAGGAAAAACAAAAUCCGUUGUAACAAAAAAGGUUCACUUCAAUUUAAAAAAAAAUACAAUUGAAUAUAUUCCGCGGAAUAAAAAAAAAAGUGUUAAUUCAUUUUUUUUUUUAGAUAAUUUUCGCAACUUAAUGAAUAUCCCUUCAUUUUUAUAG